AUGCUACAGGAAAAGAGUUCUGUUCAGCGAUUAUUUUUGGCCGAUUCGGAUGUUGAUGAGAGCGUACUGUUAGAAAAACUCGUCAUUGCUCUUUUUACCACGGUUCCUGGACAAGCGGUUGUCACACAAUUGAUUAAUGAUGCCAAACGAACAAAUGACGUUGAUGGGGUUGAGUGUCUGAUACGAAUGAACGAUCCCUACUGGGUGGCACUUUUCGGUACUUGGGCAACUGAUAAGCAUAUUUUGUCAUUAUUUCUAGGGUGGGUUUUAAGGAAUGAAACGGAUCAUAUCGAUUUAGAGAGGUAUUCAGAUCAGUCGUUUAAAAUGGCUAUGAGAUUUCUUCUCACGAAUCAGGACCCCAAAUUCACUGCACCACUAUGGGAUACAUCCAACAUUUUACUAGAUUAUUUGCAUAAUGCUAAGCCUUUGAUAGAAAGUGUUCUUAAGAAACUUGACGGCUCGCAGUUUUUGCAAUGUCUAAUGAAAUACAACCGAUUGUAUGAAUUUAAUGGUUCUUACCAAUGGUUUACCCCUCCGCAGUCCACAUCACAUGCAGAAUCUCCAACUACAAUUUUAGAACGUAAUUCUACUUUUUUAUCUACUCUAGGGAAUUUUGGUAAUGAUAUGGUUCGUGCUCUCUCUCAGUUGAAAACUGGCGAUAUACGGCUGAAUUCACUAGAAUCAUACGGAAAGAAUUCUGGGCAUAAUAAUCCACCGUUGUCAAAACAAGAUGAUCACAAUCCGUUAAACUUGAAUGGCAAAUCUGAUCGAUUUAAUUUGUUUUUUAAGCUUGGGUUACACAAAGAGCCUCAUCCACUCCUUGCAGAGCAAUUUAACUCACUUUGCUUAUUUGCGGAUCCCAUGACUCAACCUCCUCCAAACGAUUCUCAUAUAAUUUCAUUGGAUUUAUUGCAUGACCUGUAUCUAGGUUCUUUGACUGCUUAUAUUGUUAAACUGAUACCCAAUUACCAGAAAGUCUGGAAAAUUCAUUUGAGCGCAAAUUUGGAAACUAUUACAUUGGCUAUUUUGCAGAUGUUGCAGAUUUGGGAUUAUAGAUCUCUAGACAAUUUGAAAGAUAUCCAAGCAAGAAGCCCUGAUGCAUACCCUAAAUACAUGACAUCGUGGAUCCCAUACGAUCUUUCUCCGCCCGAAAUGGAAAUUCUUUAUAUGAUUGCAGGAUUAUCUUUCUAUUCGAUGCACAAGAUGCACUCUGAUAAGCCGCCGAGGUUGAACCCAUUCUUACCUAUGAUGCUUCGAGCAUGGAGAGGUUUAAGUUCAGCAUUAGUGUUAGGUUUGCAAAUAGAUAGGUUUGAGGAAAUGCAGAUGCUAUAUGGUACUCCAGUAAUUGUUAGUGCAGUCAUUCGUGGAGCUUCUGCGUUGCGCUCAAUUAUCGCAACGAUUCUCAACGGUCAUGUGGAUGAGAAGUUGCACGAUUUUAAACAUCAACCUUUUGGUGGGUUCAUGUCUCCUCAUGGAAGGAAAUUAUGCAACGGGGCUCUUUACACAUAUGAAAUGUAUUAUUUCGCAGCACUCCUACCAUCAGGUAUGGAUUAUGACGAAAUUGUUGAAUUAUUGACUGAUAUACAAAAAGGAGAUAGAAUUGAUGAAGAUGUCAGAUAUAUGUUUGAUUAUGAGUACUUUGAUUACAAUGAUGCAGAUACAAGUAAGCUAACAGAUGGUAAGCUUAUGUUUACAUCUACUAAAAAUGAACUCGAACAGAAAAAUAGAUUCAGAAUGCUUAGGGGACUCUACAAGCGCUGCCUUUGCAAGUUUAGUGAUGAAGACGACAAUGAUGACGAUGAUGACGAUGACGAUGAUGAUGACUAUAAUGGUGAAAAAAGCGUUGUUGGAUUGGAUGAGAAUGGGCAGAUCAAUGAAGCUGAAACCCCUCAAACGUUUAGCGAAAGUAGCAAUGCUGUUGCUUUCACAUCUUUAAUGACGCACAGAGACUCUCAAAAUGAUUUCGUUUCUCAUCUUACAACAGGUUAUGAUAAAAACGGUGAUGAUUGGAGGGAUAUACCUCGUGGAUUAAAUCUAUAUUAUAUGGAUGAUUACCAAUUUUUGUCUAAGUUGGACAAAGUUUCUCUCUUUGAGUUGUUGAGACGAUUACCAGAUAGAAACGUAACGUUUUCUCAAGCCUGUACGGUAUUGAGAAGUAUUGCAACAUGUGUGAAGCUAGAACAAGAACAAAUUCUACUGAAAUUAAUUACGGCCACUUCUGCAGAGGUAGAUUUGAAAGUGCUUCCUUUUUCUACUGAUGAAGUUAUUACGGCAAUUUUUAAUGAUGAUGGAGGAAUUAUAAAGCCUUUUCCAUUUUCAGGCUGCAAUGAUAGCUUAGGGUGGAAAAUCUUCGAUGAGUUGAUGAUGAGCCAUGGGCACAGAAGGCUCUUAAUCUAUCACUUGACACAUAGGUCGUACACUUUCUCGUCCAUCCAUUACGUGUAUGAGUUGUUAUUCGGUCUAAGAGGCAAUCCUGCCAGGAGUUAUGAUUUAGAAUCGACUAAGAACAAACAAUUGGGGAUUCUUAGCUGGACACCCACUGGAGAAUUCGAAAGGGUUGCUGCAAUUGAAUUCUCUAGACAAGGAGUUAUUGAACUUUCUGCAAUUGAGAAAAAAAUGUUGCUACAAGAAUUUUUCGUGGGUGUGUCUUCAGGACUGCUAGGUGAGUAUAAUGAUGCGGGUUUUGAAGCUUUUUCAAUUAAAAAUCCUUCAAAAGUGUAUGUAGAUGAUUAUGGUGAGGAGUUCUUCUCUGCAACAUCGCGUAAGGCUGAGAUGUCUGGGAAAGUAAAGAUGGUGUGUUUCAUUUUAGAAGAAGUAUUAAACGAUAAGGAAUUCGAGUUUGUUCCACAUGAAGAUUACGUUUACGAAUUAAAAAGGUUUUUGAUGCAAUGGUCGACGUUUUCUGCUGAAGCAUGUUCCAUGUAUGCUCUUUUGAAAUCGAAGGCUUUAGGGAAAGUUCUUGAUCUAGGGACCGAGGGGUUAGAUGAUCGGCCAAAUACUGACCCUGAUGAUCAGCUUUUGCCAGUAGAUUUUGAUAAAUUAAAACUAAGUGACAUAGAUGACAGAUGGGAUACGGAGACUGAUACAAGCAUUGAGAAUGGUGAUAAGACGUCCAUUAUGUCUGAAAGGUUCUCCAGAAUGCUACCAGUUCAAUCUCUUGAUGGACAGCCUGUUGACAAAGUUUUCCGUCACCUUCUUCAGAAAUAUCCUUUGACUGAAGGAACUCCUAUUCACGGAAGGAUAACUUUGGAGUACCACGAUCAUAUUCUGCCACUGGACAUCAGAACGCAUCAAUCAUUGCAUAGAGAAUUUUUGGCGGUCUUUGAUAUUGAUUACUUAGACAUAUUAGAAGCUCGGCAGCAAGAAGCAGAGGAAGAGUGUGAUGAAAUGUCUAUUUAG